UUGAUUUCUAGAAUACGAGUAUUUAGAAAAGAGUUAAUAGAAGAGAAUUAUUCUUUUUUCGACAUGUGCGUCUCAGUUUGCGGCAUCUUAGGCGUAAUCUUAUCUUCUGAAAUUUCAUCAAGCUGAAGUCGUUUGUUAAUUUUGACGAUAAAUGGUUCGAGAGGUUGCUUUCGGGCCCUCGUUUGACAGCGCAUAAAAAGUCGCUAUUUACAGAAUUUAUAAAAUUUUUACUAUUUCAAUGACUGUAUAUUAAUAACGUGCCAAGAUGCACGCGAGAAACGAAUACGAUUAUUGGUACCCUGCAAGUUGCGAAGUUUACAGCGAAGAAACCGACGAAGAUGAUAACGAAUAUAUAGCUUUGAAUUACAACGAUUUCAUUGAAUAUCAAAAUCACUAUGAUUCGCAAUGGCCACCAGGGGAUGAAUCUCCAGACGAAGACUAUGAAUUUGAUAGGCAGAAUUUGACAAGACAGGACGACUCUGGUCAUCAGCAAUGUUCCAGUUCCGGUUCCACGAGUAAUUCGGGAGGUCUGGGUAAGCACUCAUGCUUGAAACAAAAAGAUGGAUAUUAUUAUCUGGACCCCAGUGUAUACGAUACGAGAGUUAUGAGGAAUUUAACAGCUACAGAUGACCGAUACCCUCGUCAAAGUUACUCGCCCGAAUUCGUCCAAGCUGCUCUAGAAAAAACAAAAUCAUUUACUUCAUGGAGUGAUGACGUCGAGGUUGAAGAUUUUCAGGACUAUGAUGACCAAGAAAAUCUGGGUGAAAAUUAUUACCAUUACUCGAAACCAAGGGGGUCGCAAAGAAUAAUCUUUGAACCUCCGGGCAACUCAGGGCUGAAGAGAAUGGUGGAGAAUUUGAUCUACAAUACACGGGUGGUUAUCUUUUCGAAAACUUAUUGCCCUUACUGUGUCACGGCUAAAGAAAUAUUCGAAGAACUGGAUGAACCCUACGCCCUCUUAGAGUUGGAUGAACGAGAUGACAGAGAAGAGAUACAAGAAAUUGUUGGUGAACUUACUGGAGGAACUUCAGUGCCCAGAGUUUUUGUUAAUGGAUAUUAUAUCGGCGGUGGGAAUGACGUUAAAGCUUUAUACGAAAGUGGUGAACUUGAGGAAAUGCUGAACGUCGGAUAAA